GGUGCGUCUGCGCGUGCCGGUCACGGCGGGGUGAGGAUAACAUUUAAACAGGGACACUCGACCCUCUCUGCGCGCGCGCGCGUGUAUGCGUGUGUGGUCCAGCGCAUGUCUACCUAGUGGGCGUGUUCCCGCUCCUCCCUCCCUGCAGACCGGUGCAUGCGUGUGCACGCGCGCGAGUGUAAUUGCACGCGGUGAAGUCGGGCUUCUUUCUUUUUUUUUCUUUUUUAUGCAGGUUUAAUCAGCUGGUUGUUCGUCCUCGCGGAGGCUUCGUCUGCGGUCACGAGUGGGUAAUUUCUCUCUGAGUGUGCGUGAUUCCCCCCUCCUCCCCCUCCUCCUCCUGCUCCUGCUCCUCAGCGUGGAGAGGUGCGGGGCCACUGCUGGCUGUGUUGUUGCGGCACUGGAUGGAUCCGCCGAGCAUGUUUGCGGGUGAAGCCUCGGGCGGUGCACGCGGAGGGAAAUAAUUUUCUUUUUCUUCUUCUUGUGUGUGUUUUCUUUUUCUUCUUCCUGUCUACCUGCCGGUCAGUCACCUGCGCUGUGGCGACAUGUCAAACUCAAACAAAAGCAAGAAGGACAAAGAAAUCCUCGCUGAGUACGAGAGCCAUGUGAAAGAUGUGCGGACCCAGUUGGUGGAGCAGCAGCGCUGUCUGGAGCAGCAGACAGAGAUGCGGGUCCAGCUGCUUCAGGACCUCCAGGAUUUCUUCAGGAAGAAGGCCGAAAUCGAAACUGAGUAUUCGAGAAACCUGGAGAAACUCGCCGAGAGGUUCAUGGCCAAAACACGCAGCACGAAAGAUCAUCAGCAAUACAAAAAGGACCAGAAUCUGCUCUCACCAGUCAACUGUUGGUAUUUGCUGUUAAAUCAGGUGAGGAGGGAGAGUAAGGACCAUGCCACCCUCAGUGACCUCUACCUGAACAACGUCAUCACCCGCCUCACACACAUUAGCGAGGACUCGGCCCGCCUGCUGAAGAGGAGUAAGGAGAUCCUCUUCCAGCUUCAGGAAGACCUCAUGAAGCUUCUGAAUGAGCUUUACACCGUGAUGAAGACAUAUCAUAUGUACCACGCGGAGACGAUCAGCGCAGAAACCAAGCUGCGGGAGGCAGAGCGCCAGGAGGGGCGCGUGAAGGGCGUGUCAGGGACUGGCGGAGGGGUGGAGCCUGUGUUCGGCCUGCGGAUAGAAGAGCGCCACCAGAGACGCAACGCCGCCCGCAAGAUGGAGAAAAUGAGAGAGAAGAGGAAGGCAAAGUACUCAGAGAACAAACUGAAGACUGUGAAAGCCAGAAAUGAGUAUCUGCUGACUCUGGAGGCCACCAACGCCUCGGUGUUCAAAUACUAUAUCCACGACCUGCCCGAUAUCAUAGAUUGCUGUGACCUUGGGUACCACUCCACUUUGAGCCGGGCACUGAGGACCUACCUGUCAGCUGAACUGAGCCUUGAAGCCUCCAGGAGGGCGGGUCUGGAGGUCCUGGAGGGGGCUGUGGAGGGCCUGGACCCCGCCCGUGACAGGCAGCGUCUGCUGGAUCUCUACCCCACUGCCUUCUGUCCCCCACAGAACUUCAGCUUCCAGGCCCACAUGGGCGACACAGUGGCCCAGAUCACCUCCCAGCCACAGGUCCAGUCGGAGCUCAGCCUCCGCCUCACACAGCUUCAGACCCGCCUGGCAUCUCUGAAGAUAGAAAAUGAGGAGGUGAAGAAGACCUGGGGUGCGACUCUGACCACCUUACAGGACAUGACGGUGCUGGACGACUUUGACGUCUCCCAGAGCUUCACCCACAGCCCGUCUUCUGAGUCGGUGAAGUCCAGCGUGUCGGACGGCUACUUGAACAAACCCAGUCUGGCCAAGAGACGGGCGAACCAGCAGGAGACCGAGCUCUUCUACUUCUCUAAAUUCCGCGAGUACCUGGAGGGAAGUAAUCUUAUUUCCAAACUUCAGGCUAAACACGAUAUAUUAAAGAAAGCGUUGGCAGAGGGAUACAAAGCUGAACUGCUGACUACCAGCCGUGGGCGGAAGAACUCCCAUAGCAAGCACCAGGAUUCAACCAAAGCCAUACCCUUGCUUGUGGAGAGCUGCAUCCGCUACAUCAACCUACAUGGUCUUCAGCAUCAAGGCAUAUUCCGGGUAUCAGGAUCACAAGUGGAGGUCAAUGACAUCAAGAACUCGUUUGAAAGAGGUAACGAUCCGCUGAUUGACGAGGAAAGCAACCAUGACAUUAAUUCUGUGGCUGGAGUGUUGAAGCUCUACUUCAGGGGUUUGGAGAACCCUUUGUUUCCCAAGGACAGGUUUAAUGACCUCAUCUCCUGCGUCCGGAUAGAAAACCUGUACGAGAGAGCGCAGUGUAUCCGUAAGAUCCUGCUGGGUGUCCCGAGGGCGACGCUGGUGGUGAUGCGCUACCUGUUCGCCUUCCUCAACCACCUUUCCCAGUACAGCGAUGAGAACAUGAUGGAUGCUGGAAACCUGGCCAUUGUGUUCGGCCCCACCCUACUGCCGACACCGGAGACCCUGGACCAGGUGGCCUGCCAGGCGCACGUAAAUGAGGUCAUCAAAACGGUCAUCCUGCACCACGACAACAUCUUCCCUGACACCAAGGAGCUGCCCGGCCCAGUGUAUGAGAAGUGUAUGACUGGAGACCAGUACUGCGAGAGUCCGUUCAGCGAGCCGGGAGCGUUGGAGGAGGCUGAGCCCGACGCCGGCACCGAGACCCAGACCAGCGACGAGGAGGGUGAAGCUGUGGAGGCGGUGGCGAGGUUCGACUACGUGGGCCGGUCGGGCCGCGAGCUCUCCUUCAAGAAGGGAGCCUCCCUACAGCUCUUCCAGCGUGCAUCACAUGACUGGUGGGAGGGCCGGCACAAUGGCAACCACGGCCUGGUGCCUCAUCAGUACAUCGUGGUGAAGGACAGGGCCGACGCCAUGUCAGACACACUCAGUCAGAAAGCCGACAGCGACGGAGGAAGCAGCAGCACUGAUGAUAAGCGGUCCAGGAGCGAGCUGAGCUCCCCGACCGACAUGAGACCUCCAGAGACCUACAACAGCCACAGGAGGAAGCGAACUGAUGGUUUAUUCCGCCGCCCCCUCUGCCGCUCUAACGACAACCACGGGAACGGAGGCGUGAUGGAGCGCAGCUCUCCUCCGGUGACGGGUCACUUCAGCCCCAGGGAGCUGCUGGGGACGGGUCAGGGCUUGACCCCGCCCCUAGACAGCCCGGAGCGCCGCCGCCGCUCUGCAGCCGUGACCAUGACGGUGAGCCGACACGAUUCUCUGCGGAGGCCUGAGGACACACCUAUCCGACGCUCCAACAGUGGGCAGCACGGCUUUGGAGACUCCCAUCGAUCCCGAGCUCUCGACCCCAACGCGCUGGCACAGGACAUCGAGGAGACCGUGAGUGUGGCUUUGGGGGAGCUGAGGCAGUUGGAGCGACAGGGCUGCCGGCCGGCCCCCGACGUGGUCCUGGACACCCUGGAGCAGGUGAAGAACGGCCCCAUCACCACCUGCUCCUCCGAGUCUCCCAGCCCACACAGCACCCCCAGCACACCGGGCACACCGGGAACCCCUGGCACCCCCGGAACUCCCGGGACGCCUGGUACCCCAGGCACCCCAAGCCCCCUGAGUCCUCUGAGCCCCAUCAGUCCACUCCCUGGACCUCCAUCUGGACCUCCCAGACCUGCCAACCCAUCCCCUGACGCUCUGGGCUCCUUCAAGCCGGUGGCGGCCGCUCGCAUCGGGGGUCCACUGCGACCACCUGCCCUGAGACCCAAACCUAUGGUCCCACCCAAGAGCAGCACCCCGCCUCUACCCCCGCCACUGGACAAAUCCUGCACCAUGUGAGCCAAACCAGGCCAAUAAGAGGCCGAAUCAGGCCUACCCGGGCCAAAAAUGGGCCAGAAGAGGAGAUCAGGGUACUGCUUAAUGUUUAUAAUCAACAUGAGGGUAGAAAUGGUAGGAAAGAUGAAAAAGGCUUUUAAUGUAGUAAUAAAAUAUAAUAUAUGACAUGACUUAUGAUAUGAUAUGCCAUGAUAUUUAUGUGUUGUCAGGUUGGUGUGUACUCUCUUGGUGUGUAGGAGUUUACUUUCUCCAUGUAUCGAAGCAUUUAUCAAAGGUUAGCUAAAAGAACUGCUGAUGCGGAGAUGCAGGUACGAGUGUGGGCGGGGCUUCCUGUGUGAGAUCGUAAUCAGAGAGAGAGAGAGAGAGAGACGCGUGGGGGGUGUGGGGGAGUUGGGGAGUGUAGUUCAGCUCCAGUAAAACUGUAGUUUAAGUGAUGUGACUGUUGCCACAAAAAAAAGGAAAAAAAAGAAACGAGCACGAUUGGCUGCUGUAUCCAGGACGAGCGACUCAAUUGGGAAGAGGACGCGGCAAACGAUGGUUCAACAACGUCUGCGGGACUUUAUAAUUUAUUUUUUUAAUUUUUUCACUCGGUUCAGCUGCUAAGCUCACUUGCACCUCAAAACCACGAAAACGCCUCCUGAGGUCGUCAGUGAAAGAAAACUUGUUAUUUAACCAACGUCCAGCUACUUAAUGAAUGUUUCCUGUAUUUUAACGACUGUUCAGCCAUCUAUUGAAUGUUCGGCGAGCUGCAGCGGCGGCUCGCUAAACUUUUUAACAGCCUUCUUGUGUUUUCAGACGGGGGAACCUCACGCCCAGACCAGAGCUUCAUUCAAACAGGGUUGUGGAGUGAGUGGUGGAGUUUGGUUAGAGCUUUUUCUGGGACGGGUGGGGGUGGGGUGGGUGUACGAUUUUGUUGCUGUGUGUUUGUGAGCGGUUGUAAGUGUGUAUCAAGGAGCAUCAGCGCCAAGUUAUGAAAAAAAAUUAAAUUUAUUUUUUAAAUUUUGCGAAUAGAGUCGAAAGGUCAUGAAGUGUUUGUGAGUUAUAAGAGAAAAAACUGAAAAUGAGUGACUGAAAAUGCUUCGUAAGUGUGACGUAAUCUACAUGAGGUGUUCUGUAGAUGAACAGUUUUAUUCUGAGACUCAACUUGAAGGUUCUCAGUCGUCCAGGUCAUCGUAGUCUAAGGAGCUUCUGAUUAUUCUAAACAGUAUUUCCCAUUCAUUAUGGAAAAUGUUUGAGUUUAUUUUCAACAUUUUAUUCUCGAUAUUUCUACUUUACUCUGAAAAUUAGUAUUACCAGUUUAUUCUCAGUUUAUUCGAUUGUUGUAGGGUCCUUCCCUUACAAUAUAAAGCUGAACUGAAUUACAUUAAAUUUCGAACUUGAAAUUUAAGCUUUAUCCUGAAAAUUUUAACUGUAUGCCCAAAACAGUAUUUCAAAUGUAUUCUUGAAACAUUAAUUUAGUGUUGUCAGCGUUAAUCUCAUUAAAAUGACGUUAACGCCAUAACCACAUUAACGCGGCAAAUCUCCGUUAGCGAGUUACCGCAGAUCGCUCCGUGCGAGGGGCGGCAUGGCGUCAACUCGUUAGCGUGGUUAGCUCGUUAACGCGUUGACAGCGUGCAUCCCCACACAUGGGGCGAUCAGCGGUGACUCGCCAACGGAGAUUUGCAGCGUUAAUGUGAAUAUGUAUGGGCUCAAAUUGUGGCCAUAAAUAUUUUGUACUUGUAAAUCAAAUGCGUACUUGUGAACUGAGUUUUGUAAACUUGUAAACCAAAAUAUUUGAAAAUUUUAUCUUUGUGCAUCUACAGAUGAGAAUUUGUGUGUGUGUGUAAAAAAGAUUUGUUUGUAAAAAAAUAUUCACACGAGUUACAAAUUUUUUUGUUAAGGUCUGCUUACAGAUACAAAGCAAAAAACUACAUGUAAAACUCUGCGCUUAAUACAGUUCGAAGCUGGAGGAUUUCUAUAUAAAUAUCCCACAAGGCUCAUACAAGCUAGGUUCCUUAACUUUCGGUGGCUGUUGAAAGGAUAAAGUUUUGGUAUAUCAGUGGUUAGAAAUACCAUUAUUACUUUAGGAUUAGUUUAACACAAAGUCAGGGCUGACCCGGGACCAUUGCUGUGAGUCACAGUGCGCAGCAUAAAGGCCCUUUCGCAGCGGACGCAGCAUGUGCUGCUAAUACUAACUGCUAAGUAAGACCCAAGGAUGCAGAAUUGCUCUCUGGGUUUUUGCGGCAGCUCUGCGUGUACUAGAUGCGCCCGCUCCUUGUCAUUUCUAUCUCUGACUUUAUGUCCUCUACAACAGUUUGUGUUGUUUUAUCUUCAAAUGUUCAAUAAAAACAUGUAUCGCUAAUUCAUAAUGAAGAAACUUUUGUGACUAUCCCCACUAAUGAAGACUGUGUCAUUUCCACAACACUACUUUCCCCUGAGGUCUGCAGCACUGCUGAAAAGGCUCUGUAUAAGCACGUAAACCUGUGACACAAAAAUCAGUGAACUCAGACACGCACAGACUGUUUUUCCUUCAUGGAGAUGAAGGAAAACUCUGGGCUGGCAUGUAAAAGAGCAUUUAAUCUUCAAGGACCUGAAGCUCCGUAAAGCACCCCUCCAACAGCCAAAUCCAUCUGUUCUCUGAUUGGAUUGUUAAAUUUGUGAUUGACAUGACAUUGACCAAUCAGCUGAAAGGAAGAAAAAUCGGGUCAAAAUUUGUACUGGUAAGUUGAAAGUCACACACAGCCAGGGAACCUGAGCACAGUUUUUUGCUUUUUAUCUGUAACCAGACCUUAACAAAAAAAAUUUGUAACUCGUGUAAAUAUUUUUACAAACACAAAUCUUUUUUACACACACAUAAAUUCUCAUUGUAUUUGCACAGACAUAAAAUUUACACAUUUUGACUUCUAUAAAAAUCUAUUCUCAGAAUAGUGUUUCAGCUUUAAUAUGGACACUUUAUUUUGAGUUUAUUCUCAAAAUGUAAUUCUCAGAAUAUUGACUUUAUUCUGAAAUUUCUGACUUGUCCUCAAAAUUUCAGCUUUAGUUUUUCAGGUUUACUCUUAAAUCUUGACUUUUCUCACAAUCUCGACUUUCUCAGCAUAACAUCUCAACUUUAAUAAGGACAUUUUUAUUUUGAGUUAAUUCUCAAAAUAGCGUUUCAAAUUUCUGCCAUAUCAAACGUGCAGAGCUACUCAGUGUGGUGAUUAAAGGAGCAGCUGAGAGUAGCUUCCGUUUCAGUUUUGUUCUGGAAAUAGUGUUUUAGGUUUGUUCGCAAAAUGUUGAGUUUAUUCUUGACAGUAUUUUUAGUUUUAAAAUGAGAUUUUGAAAUUAGAAUCAAGACUAACCUUGUCCCCAUAAUCCUUUACUUCUAACCGCACAGUUUUUAUAAUUUCCAGCAUUUCCUAAAACUGACUCGAUUUUUCCUACACAAGUAGUUUGUUUUGAUCCUUAAAUUAUUUCAACUCUGUUCUGAUGUUACAGCUUCAUUCUUCAAGUUUCGACUUUGUUCUGCAAAAUUAAAGAGGAACUUCUUGUAAUAUUUUUUUUCCCUCAGUGUGACCCUGAUACUCCUUGUAAAGUGUGUGUGUGUAUGUGUGUGUUCUGCUUGCCUGCCCUUGUUCUGCUCCCUUGUAAGUGCAGAAGUACUAGAAUAGCAUUAGAUAAUAGAUAAUUCAUGCCUGCCAGGAGUGCCAGAACACGCGAGUGGAAGUUGGGGAAAACGAGUGCAAAAAGCAUGCCACUAUCUGUGUGUUUGUCAGAAUACUGGUUUACCUGCUCGUUACACUGAAGUCACUAGUUAACCUUAAACUCACAAUAAGCUAACAGGGUGGGGCUCUGUGUGUAAACGCCCAAAAACACUUGAACAGCACACUGAAUGUGGCCUCCAACCGGGCUGUGAGUGUGGUGAUUAAAAUGAAACAUGACGUGCUGAGAUGGGCUGUGGAUGCACAUCUGUGAGUGUGUGUGUGUGUGUAUGUGAAAGUGCCUUUUUUUUUAAAUCCUUUUUUGGAAGUUGUGAAUCCACUCACGCAUGUCCUGAGCGAAGAGCAGCAGCACUCCGAAUGAAAUAAUCAUAAAGUGUUUAGUAGAUUUCCUAAUUAUGAAUUCUAGCAUUAACCCAUUGUGAACAUUGCACUUUGAUGUAUAGGAUUGUGUACUUGGCAUGUAGCAUCAUAACAUGUUGGUGCAUUUUAACUCAAAGGGAGGUUUCUUUGAAUGUGUUUGAUAAUAAAGGAAAUGGUUUUUGUCUGUUAGUGUUGCUGUAUUUGAAAACUGAGCUUCCUAAUGAUGAGCUCAUAUAGCCAAAUGGAUUGUAUCAAUGUGUUGUAUUUAUAUUAUAAAUAAACCUAAACUAGCAUUCAAGCCACUCAUCAA